AUGUCCCCUCCUGGGCCAACAGCGCUCAAGAAGCUACAGCCGGUGACCCGACAAGCAGGCACCAAAGGCUCGCAUAAAAUCAACAAGCACUGGGCAUGGGCGCGGAAAGUGAGAGUCAGCGCGAUCCAGCGGAAAGUGGCAUACCUGGCCCUGAAAGCCAGAUGGAAGUGGAAUGAGGUGGAGAAGAUCUGCCAGCGCCUCACCGAGGAGUGGAAGCAGCCUCCUUUGCUCUGCCUGCUACUGCCCACAGCUGCUUCCGACGAAGCCCUUACAGCUCUCGAUGCACUGUCCGACCGCGGCGUCUUGAUUGAAGCCUUCGCAGAGACCCUGUAUUGCGGACAGGAGGUGUGCUUGUGGAUUCUGAGGUGGGAGGGUGAAAAUCCGACAAACGAUCCGCCGGCGAUCACCUUGGAGCUCUUCGCUUCGCUGGUGACAGCAGCAACGGCCAAGCUUCACCCUCCUGAUUCUGGUCCUUUCCUUUGGCCUCUCCAUGACAAGGACAUCGCCUCCGCCAUUGCGUUAUGCGAGUAUGCUGGAAAUGAUGCUCCAUGGUGGAGAAAAGUUCUCUGGGCAUUGAGGAUAAUUCAGCCUCCAGGCGGAACUGUUCUCGAAGAAUGUCUCUUGGAUCACUACGGCCGUGAGGUCGGCUAUGUUUUUGCUUGGACAAACGUAUUCGUUCGCAGUCUUUGGGUGCUGACCGCUGUUUGCUUGGCCUUCUGGAUCGCUGGAGCUCGUCCUCAGAUGGGUGGAUACGAGGGAACGCUGUGGUAUCUAUUGCAAUUCUUGAUUCUUUGCUGGGCCAUUUGUUUGUGCGCAGUCGCGGGCAGCCGCAGAUCGGUGUUGAGGAGCGGUGGAAUCCAUGGAAAUGCUGCCUCCAACUUUCGAGUUGUGGGAUGUUCACCAGAGAACAGCAACAUGCCAACGAACAUGCCAACGAACAUGCCGUCGAACAUGCCGUCGACAGCUAAUUCUGGCAGCACCCCCCCAGUGGAUGGGACGGGGUGGUCCGAACAGGGUGACUCGCACCAUGGCCAUAUGGCCGAUGAGCUCCCAGUGGGACAAUUUCAAUCUCUGCGGGCACGAACAAGCCCAUUAGAAGAGACAGGCGUUGGCCUUGACAGCAGCCUUCACCUCCGCAAAGUGUCCAAAAGCAUGCACGAUCUCGGUCCGCCCUUGACCAGCAAGGAUGUGCAUUCACCUGCUCGACUGUUGGAGGGCAUAGACGAGGUUCCGCAGGAGAAGCGGCGGGAGAUGGGGGAAAAGCUCCAGCGCGCGCUCUUGAAAGCAAAGUUCAUCGGCUGGGAGUCAAAGCAGAUAGCAGUCCGACGACACAACCCUGAUUACACUGCACGAAGAUGGCCCCGGGUAUGGGCCGUCUUUGCAGGCUUCGUCACAGUUGUUGUGAUGUUGGCCUUCCUGGCGGCUGCCUUCAUUCUGCUUGCAUUUUUUUUGAACAUGAAGUCGCACCUGAUAUAUGACUGGGGCGACUGCCUGAGGGAGAGCUGCAACAAUCCUUUGCACAAGCAUGGCAUCAAAGGACUUCUCGCAGAUAUAGCUGUCGACAUCUCGCUAGCCUUGAUUUUCGUGGUUCUGCUUGGCGAGGCUUGCAAGGCAGUCGCCGCAGCACUUGCCAAACUCUGGAACUUCAAGUACAUGCGGAGACGUCAAUACGUCCAAGCGAUGCUCUCCCUUUUCAUCGAGAUCUUGGCCAAGGUUGGAGUCUUCUCGCUGUUGGCCUUCAUCUUUCUGCCAAGUUGGCAUCCGGACCCUGUGUCGACGGAGCUGCCAGAUUCGCGGCAGGCUUGCAAGGACUUUCCAGAUUAUCAGAUUUGCUCCAACAUGGCUGGAUGUGAUUUGCGGGAUGAUCCGCUAUGCUGUAGCGGUACCCUGCUGUGUGCAAAAUCUUUCUUGAGCUUUGAAAACAGGCGCCUUCUCUUCGAGCAGUGGCUCUUGGGUCCAUUCAUCGUUUGUCCUUUUGUCGACAUGAUCCCGGCGGUUCUUGCCCCGUUAAUUGCCAAGCGAUUGAACAACUGGGCCGACCAUCGGGACACCAAUGCAAAGGCGAACCAAAGCGGAAUGUGCACACGCAUUCGGAGAUGUUUGUCACGAUGGUGGUGCCUUUGCUGUGGUGUACCUCUCGCGCGACUGCUGUCUCUCAUCUUUGUGCUGGAUGCCGAAGUGACUGGUUUACGCUAUUUAUGCUGCGGUCGCACGUUUGCCACGACUGAACUGGACAUGUCAGAUGCCGACAACGACGACUGCUGCGAGCGAUGUUUGGAUGGCCCAUUGGAACAAGUAGUGUUGCGCGAGUUCGAUGCACUGGAUGAGCUCAAGGACAUCAAACUGAACUUCCUCUUCGUCGUGCUAUUCGCACCUGUGCUCCCCUGGGGCAUCAUCCCCACACUGCUGGCGAGGCUUUUGGAGGUGCGGUGCAAGCUCCCGAAGCUGUUCCUAGUCCGACGUCGAAGCUUUCCUCGAGAUGCCCAGCUGUUGCACAGCACACAGGAGAGCUUUACAGAUGUGGUGACCUCCUUUGCUGUCUUUUGGUAUUUGGGGUUGUCAAUGGUCACCUACAACACUGAACUCUAUGGAUGGAGUGCAGCAGAACUUCUGCUGAUCUGGUCGGGCCUGGGGCUGAUUGGAUCCAUCUUGGUCAGCUUGUCUGUCCGAUUCCUUCAGAAGUACGUCGAGAAGCGUGCCAGCGUCACUGGAAAUUGA